AUGGCCUCACGACUUCUCCAAUAUACCCCAUACAAGUCCGGUAUCCGAACCUUCCUGCGCAGAGCAGCGUAUCAUGAUUACGUCCGCUUCGCGACUCCUGGCGGAACAGCCCGUAUCCCUCUCAACAGUCCGAAAGUCAUAGGCGCGGUCACAUCGCGCGGGGAAAGACAACAACAGGAGGACUUCUAUGCCUACGUCGCGCUCUCUCUAGAUCCUGAGGAACUUCGGCUCACACUAAAGAAAGCCCUACACGUCGAUUGGGAUCCAUCAGCCAUCCCGCAGAUCCUCGCCCGUCAGGUUCUGUUUGUUGGAAUAUACGAUGGACACGGCGGGUCAACCGUCUCCCAAUUCCUUCGUCAAGAACUCCACGGCCUGCUCGAGAACGUCAACAAAUCCCAGAUCCCCGACGUUUAUGUUUGGGCAACAGAACUGGGCGGAUACUUCAAACGCUUUCGCGGCGGCGUGCUCGCCCCAUGGGUGCGUCCCAACGCCCCAGAAGCGGCCACGAAGAUGGAUCUGGAAGCCAGGGCGACGCUUGCCUUCUUCGAGGUGGAUAGAACGUUGAGUAUAGAGCAAGCUGCUCAUACCUGCGGGGCGACGGCUUCUGUCGUCCUGCUACAGUCUCUUGAUGACCCCUCACACCCAUUCUUCAUAUCAAGGAAGCUUGCCCUGACUGUGGCGCAUGUAGGUGACACCCGGGUCAUCUUAAGCAAGACGGAGAACGGGGAGGUACUGCCUAUGACCGAGAAUCACCACGCCGACACGCGGGUCGAGGCUACGCGUCUCCGACGAAUGAUGAGCUCUAGUCAGGCCAUGGAUUCGUUUGGUGAAGUUCGGUGGAUGGGUGCUCUAGCUAACACUCGCAGCCUGGGAGACCUGCAGUACAAGCGCUUUGGCGUCACCCCCGAACCCGAGGUUCGCACGAAGCUACUCGACGGCUCCGCGUACUCCCACAUCACUCUCGUCUCCGACGGCAUCUCGUCCGUCGUCUCUGACAACGAGAUCAGCGACCUCGCGCGCGGCGCGUCCACGCCGCAGCACGCGGCCCAGCGCAUACUGCGAUUCGCAGAAGACAUGGGCAGCGACGACAACCUGACCGCGCUCGUCGUUCCUCUGGCCGGGUGGGGACACAUGACCGGAGAGGACCGAACGCGGGACCUCCGGGAGUACAGGCGUCGGCGGAUGGAGGGGUCUGAGCGGCAGAAGGCGAGGUGGAUGUGAGGAUCAUGUUAUUGAGUUUGGGGCCGAAAGUGGUCUAGACAUUGUUCGCCGUAUGUAUUCCAUCCACUAUUGUACACAUACUAUAGCUACAUUCGCCGAUGCAAUUUACAACCUUCAUAUU